AUGGCUAGCAAAGACAAAGGCAACGACAAAGCCAGCAGCAAGGAAAAAUCUCUGAAGGAGAUUAAACCAGUUACUGAGGACUCUAGAUUCAAGUCCGUGCAUAAUGAUCCUCGUUUCAGAUUUCCAAAUUUCAAAAAUUUGAAGGUCAAAGUGGAUGACAGAUUCAACAAGAAAGAAUUGAAAAAGUUGAGUGGCAGCAGUGCCAAGAUUGACAAGUAUGGAAGAAAGCUUGAGGAGAAAGACCAAAAACUCAGCAAGUACUACGAGUAUGAUGACGAAAGUAGUAGCAAUGACGAUGAAGAUGAAGAUGAAGAUGAAGAUGAAGAGGAAGAGGAAGAGGAAGAGGAAAACAAGAAAGAGGAUGAGGAUGAGGAAGAGGAAGACGUGGAAGCAUUGAGUCGUAAGAUCAGAGGUGAGGAGGAGGAGUUGGAUAGGGCAAGGGGUGAAGGUCUUUUGACCUCUUCGUCCGAUCUGUCUUCAGAUGAUUCAUCGUCCGACAGUGAACUGGAAUUAGAUGAUGUGCAGAGCGAAUCUGACCUUGAGUUGGAAGAGAACGCACCUGGAGAGUCCGAUCCUACUUCCUCCUUUGCGGUUGUAAAUAUGGACUGGGACAACUUAAGAGCAGAAGAUUUGAUGGCGACUUUCUUGUCAUUUGUACCCAAGGGUGGGAACAUAAAAUCGGUGAAGAUUUACCCUUCCGAAUUCGGGAAAGAGAGAAUGCAAAGAGAAGAGGUCGAGGGCCCUCCAAGAGAGUUGUUCAAGAAGAAGUCGAAAAGGAAAGAAGAGUCUGAUUCAGAGUCCGACUUGGAUUCGGAUAUUGACAUCCAAGAUGCCAAAGAGCUAGAAAGGGUUACACGAAAGUUGUACGAGCAAGACGAUGGAAAGGAAGAUUACGACAGUAAAGCUCUUCGUCGGUAUCAACUACAGCGAUUGAGAUAUUACUAUGCCGUGGUCAAGUGUGAUUCAGUUCAGACUGCUCGAAACAUUUAUGAAAAUGUUGAUGGCACUGAAUACGAGUCUACGGCAAAUGUUUUUGACUUGAGAUAUGUGCCGGAGGAUAUGGAAUUUGAUGACAAUGACGUCAAAGAUGAAUGUUUUAAAGUGUCGCCAAAUUAUAAACCUGAGUCUAGAUUCGUGACGGAUGCAUUGCAGCACUCCAAGGUAAAAUUGACUUGGGAUGAGACUCCAAAAGAGCGUCUCACAUUAUCGUCAAGACCACUUUCACAAAAGGAAAUAGAAGCCAAUGAUUUCAAAGCGUAUUUAGCAAGUGAUUCAGAUGAAGAUGCACCCGGCAAGAAUGGUGAAGAUUUGGAUUUGAAGUCAAAAUAUCAGAGCUUGUUGGGAAAGUCGUUUAAAAAUGGAUCGGAAUCCGGUAACGAAAGCGACGAUGUAGAUAUGGAAAUAACUUUUGAUCCAGGCUUGAAGGAUGGAGCUGAGAAAGACACCAACGAAGAUGUUUCUGAAGAAACAACUAUUGAAGCUUAUAAGAGGAAGGAGAAAGAGAGACGCCAGAAAAGACUCAAUAAGCUCAAAGAGAGUAAAGCAAAUGCUGAUGAAGAGGAAGUGGCGAAGGUGGAACUUUCGAAGUCAAGUGCAAAAGACAAGAAGCAAAAGAGUAAGGACAGACUGCGUCGUGGCGAUAAAGAUCAUGACGAAAGAUCCGAGAAGGAGAAAGCUGCAUUGGAGUUGGUACUUAUGGAUAACGAACAGAACAAUGAACACUUCAACAUGAAGGAUGUGCUCAAGAAUGAAAAGUCAAAGAGAAACAAGAAGUCUAGAAAGAAAAAUAUCGAUCAAGAGAUGACCCAAGACAAUUUCGAAGCCAAUUUGAAUGAUCCAAGGUUCGAUGAAAUUUUUGAAAGUCACGACUUUGCUAUAGAUCCAACUAGCAGCGAAUUCAAAAAGACUGAAACCAUGAAGAAGAUCUUGAAAGAAAGGUCCAACCGGAACAAAAGUGGUGGAGCAAAAAAACAAAAUGAUACUGGAAUCAAAAAGCGUAAACUCAAGGACGGUACUGAUUAUGAAGAUGCAAAGUCAAUUGUUAAGAAGUUGAAGAACAAAGUUAAAUAG